AUGGGGGACACUUUUGGCGAUGCCACAGCGCCCAUUGCCAUAGUGGGUGUGUCCGGGCGCUUCCCCGGUGACGCCUCAUCGCCAGAUAACCUGUGGCAGCUCAUAUCCAAGGGGCGCUCAGCCCUGGCCGAGGUGCCGAGGGACCGAUACAACAUCGAUGCUUUCUAUCACCCAAGUGCCGACCACCAGGGCACGCACAAUGCGCGGGGCGGGUACUUCGUCAGGGAAGAUGUUGCGACAUUCGAUGCCCCAUUUUUCAGAAUCACAGCCCAAGAGGCCCACGCUAUGGAUCCUUCCCAGAGGCUGGCGCUCGAAUUGAGUUAUGAGGCCUUAGAGAACGCGGGCAUCUCGAUUGAAGCUAUAGCCGGCUCGCGAACGGGAUGUUACAUGGCAACUUGUCUUCGCGACUAUGCCAAUUUACGUGCCACAGACCCGCAUGAGUACCCUCGCUAUGAGGCCAAUGGCAGUAUGGGAACCGCCAUGAUCUCGAACCGCAUCUCGUGGUUCUUCGAUCUGAAUGGCCCGAGUCUGAGCCUGGACACGGCGUGUUCCUCAUCGCUGGUAGCUCUGCAUCUCGCAGUCCAGAGUAUACGAUCGGGAGAAACUACACAGGCUCUUGUAGGGGCGACCAAUCUGAUUCUUAUGCCCGAGACGUCAAACCAUCUCAGCACCUUGACGUUUCUUAGUCCGGAUGCAAAGUCCAAGACAUUUGAUGCGAGCGCAAACGGAUACGCCCGUGGGGAAGGCGUCUGCGUGAUCCUCGUCAAAUCCCUGGCAAAGGCCCUCGAGGAUGGCGACUCGAUCCGAGCCGUCAUUCGCGGCACGGCCGUCAAUCAUGACGGUCGAACGCCAGGGAUCAAUCUGCCGUCUUCGACUGCGCAGGAGGCUAUGAUUCGAUCCGCUUACAGCAAUGCUGGUCUCGCUUACUCGGAAACCGGUUACUUUGAGGCCCAUGGAACUGGGACUGCAGCAGGCGAUCCCUUGGAGGCGGCCGCUGUUGGUCGAGUCUUUGCAUCAAGCAGGAAGGCCGGACAGCCCCUGUACAUAGGCUCUGUUAAGAGUAAUAUUGGCCAUUUAGAAGGUGGCGCGGGACUAGCUGGUCUUGUCAAGGCUCUGUACAUCCUGGAAAAGGGUCAGAUCCCAUCGAACCUAUGGCUGCAGAAUGUGAACCCUAAGCUCGAUUUGGAUGGCUGGGGACUCGCUAUUCCCACAUCGCUCACGCCUUGGCCCACCAGUGGGCUUCGGCGGAUCAGCGUCAAUUCCUUCGGCUACGGCGGGACAAACGCCCACUGCGUCCUAGAUGACGCGUACCACUAUCUCACGAGCCAUGGCCUCUCAGGACGCCACAAUACCAGUCCGCUCGUCCCGCGCGAACCCUCAAGCCCGGGUGUGUGUUCUGACUUGGCCUCCUCGUCUUCAGGGUUCAGCACACCCAACUCAGAGCAGGAAACCGGGCUCUCUCUGGGCUCUGUUCUGAGAAAUGCAGCCGAGCCAGCUACUCCCAAGCUGCUCGUCUGGUCCUCUCACGAGCAGGGAGGCAUCACCCGUACAGCAACGAAGCUAGCCUCCUACCUCAGCGAACGCCAGUUCCCACCAAAACCGGCACUCCUAUCGCGUCUCGCCUACACCCUCUCAGAGCGCCGUAGCCACCUCGCCUUCAAAUCUUUCGCCGUUGUCGAGUCCAUAACAUCCGCCGCCACCUCCCUCGCCACUCCAGCCAGGCCCAUCCGACCCGCCUCAGAAUGUCCCACCGCCCUCUUCAUCUUUACGGGCCAAGGAGCACAAUGGGCGGGCAUGGGCCUCGAGCUGAUGGCCUAUACCACAUUCAAACAGCGCAUGAUCGAGGCCAGCGCCCACCUCAAAGCCCUCGGCUGCGGGUGGGAUCUGGUCGAGGAGAUCAGUAGCCCGCGCAUCAACGAGCCGCAGGUCAGCCAGCCCGCAUGCACGGCCGUGCAGGUUGCGCUGGUCGACUUGCUGGCGGAUUGGGGCGUGAGGCCUGCGCUGGUGGUCGGGCACAGCAGUGGCGAGAUCGCGGCUGCCUACGCGAAGGGGGUCAUCUCUCGUUCUGCGGCGUGGACCAUCGCAUACCACCGCGGUAGACUCUCUGCUAGCCUCGACGCGGGCGGCAGGGAGCUGGGGAUGUUGGCUGUUGCGCUCGGCAAGGAGGAGACACAAGAGUAUAUCGACCAGGUGAAGAUUGAACCAAAACCUGUCGUUGCUUGCAUCAACUCUCCUGUGAGCGUAACCGUCUCGGGCUCAGCGGACGGGCUGCAGGAAGUGCAGGCCUUAAUUGGCAGUCGGGCGUUCAGCAGGAGGCUGGUCGUCAAGGCGGCAUACCACAGCCCGUUUAUGGAGGAUCUUGCUAAGCCCUACCUGGAAUCUCUGAAUGGCAUUGAAAAGGAGAAAAUCGAGCCAAAUAAUGGUGUCAAGAUGUUCUCUUCUGUCACGGGCACCGAGGUCUCUGCGGAAGCACUGAGAGAACCUCAGUACUGGGUCGACAAUAUGGUGUCUCCCGUCAGGUUUCACCAAGCUGUCGAUGCUACUCUCGACCACGCCCAAGCCCUCUCACUUUCAGCAUCCCUCGUGCUCGUCGAGUGCGGUCCUCACAGCGCAUUGAAAGGCCCUGUCCAGCAAAUACUGAGAGCGCACCAAAACAUCGAUGCCGCAAAGAUACCCUACAUCAGCCUUUUGACCCGCAAGGAGGAUGCGGUCGCAACCGCCCUGACGGCCGCAGGCACACUCUGGCAGCACGCACUUCCGGUCAAGCUCGCAGUGGUGAACUCGACAACCUCGAUUCCAGAGGAGCUGACUCACCUCGUCGACAUGCCAUCCUAUGCAUGGAACCACAAUUCCCGCUUCUGGUACGAGACGCCUCGCACAAGGGCGUACCGGAUGCGCGUCGACCCGCGGCAUGACCUUCUUGGCACGCUUGAUGAGUCGUGCCCAGACACCACUGGCGAGCCCGUUUGGAAGAAUUACCUGCGCCCAGCUGAGGUGCCAUGGCUGAAACAUAACAUGCUCCGUGGCCAAACCGUCCUCAGCUUUUCCGGCAUGCUGGCACUUGUCCUAGAGGGAGUCAGGCGGACUGCCGACCCCUUGAAGACGGUUGUGGGCUACCGGUUCCGCGAUGUUUUCCCAGGCCCGCCGUUGGCUCUUGAUGAGAUCGACGAGAGUAGUGUCGAGACACGGCUUGCGUUGCGAGCAUGGCGAGCUGGUAGCCGCAGUCUUACAACGUACUGGCGCGAAUUCAGCUUGUCCAGUCGAGAUAGGAGCGGUGCUUGGACGCAGCACAGCUCGGGACUCGUGCAAAUAGAGUAUACUGCGCUCGACGCGACCACCAAAGAGGCGUGGAGGUCUCAGUGGAAUACUAUGAACGCCGAUGAGAGUGCAAAGCCUCGGGCCAUUGGUCAGUUCUACGAUACUUUCUCCGACCUAGGUCUACAAUGGCAGCAAGCCUACCAAUCCCUUCACUCCACCAAAAUAUCCGGCAGCCGCCGUUCCGCCACUGGGUUUAUCCAGAUACAAGACACAGCGAGUCUGAUGCCUGAGAACUUCGAAUCCAAACAUGUGGUACAUCCUACCACACUUGAGGGCGCAUUCCAGCUGCUAUCCGCCUGCGAUGGCGGCGGUCGCGACAAAAUCAGAGUCCCCAAGUAUAUUGAGAACAUCUUCGUAUCUGCGUCGAUCUCGCCACUGGCGCCAGGCACAAUGCUCGGUGCGUUUGGUUCAAUCAACGAGAAAUGGGCCGAUGGCACCAACUCAACGGUCGUUGUGUCCGACUCAUCCUUCUCGGAGCCUCUCCUUGUCUUCGAAGGUUUCAAGACAACAGACUUGGAUGGCGAAACUGGGGCCGAGGCGCCUAGUGCCGAAGCUACAACUAGGUCUCUGACAAAGUUGGGUGCCGUUCCCGUCUGGGACAUCGAUGUCGAGAACUCUCCUGCCGAUGCAGUUCGAGCGAUUCUGCAGAAGACGUGGACAAAAGCCACCAAUGCGGAUUACGUGUCUAUCAAAGACCUCGAGUGGGCCGCUUACAUCCUCUGCAAGCGUGCAACCCAGAUGUUCACAUUGGAACAGGCGGGCAGCAUGGCCAAACACCACCGAGUAUUCUACAAAUACAUGAAGCGUCAAGUCGACCUCUCCAAGACUCUAGACAGCUCUCUUCCGUGCCAGACAGCGGCCUGGUUGUCAGCCGAUCAGGCCACAGAGAAUGCCGUUCUCUCCCGCGCAGCUGCAGCCUCGACGGAAGGCAAGAUGCUGGUCCGAAUUCUGGACAAUCUGCACGACGUCCUGACAGGCGUCAUUGAGCCGUGGGAGCUCAUGAAUGGCGACGGGCUGCUGGAGGAAAUGUACCGCUCUGGCCUGUCAGAGGAGAAGACGCCCGCCGUACAGUGCGAGUUCAUCUCUCUACUCUCGCACAAGCGGCCUCUUCGAAUCCUCGAGGUUGGCGCUGGUACUGGGUCCGCGACAAGCAAGAUCCUCAAGAAGCUCGGCAAGGCAAACGUGGCCAAGUACACCUACACGGAUAUCUCUGCUUCGUUCUUCCAGCAGGCGAAGGAAGAGUUCAAAGAGUGGAGCAGCUCUGGCGUCAUGCACUUCAAGGUAUUCAACGCGGAGCUGGACCCGGGCAGUCAAGGCUUUGACCUUGGAUCGUAUGACGUUGUGGUUGCUUUCCAAGUCCUCCACGCCACGAAAAGAAUGGACGAAACCAUCGCCAACUGCCGCAAGCUGCUCCAGCCUGGCGGGUACCUUGUCGCCACGGAGCUCACAAGCAAGGUUGCUCGUCGGUCUGCCGUCUUUGGUGUGCUGGCCGGGUGGUGGCUCGGCGAGGAAGACAAUCGACUGAACGGGCCUGAGAUGCUCGAGGGUGAGUGGGAUUCCAGGCUCAAGCGCAACGGAUUCGACGGCAUCGAGUGGUCCUUCAGGGACCGUGAGGACGAGGGUUGGUCGAGCAGUGUUAUGGUGGCGCGCGCGACAACGCAGCAGCACCAGACGACGACUGAAGCUGACAAGGUCAUUGUGGUCACUUCUCAGACUGCGCGCCCGUUAGUCCAGGAGUUGUCCAAGAAGCUGACUGAGUCUGCCCGCACGGUCCAGUACAUGUCACUGAGCGACAUUGCCACUGCCACAUUCGAAGACCUUGCAACAGCCAAGUGCAUCGUUGCCGUCGAGCUUGAACAGCCACUGUUCAGCCGAAUAGACGAGAAGGCGUUCCAGGCCAUCAAACAAAUCAUUCUUAAGGCACGCAGCACAGUAUGGCUGACCCAGGGCGGCUCCCCUCUCGAGUGUACAAACCCAGAACACUCCAUGUUCACUGGUCUAGCACGCUCGAUCCGAGGUGAAGAGCCCGGCAUCAACCUUGUGACGGUCGACAUAGACCCAAAGAGCUCUGAGUCUGUCUCGGUCGACAGCAUUUUGCACGUCUUGAGACUCCAGGACGAGGAGCGCAACAACGAGUACGAGUUUGUUGAGCGAGGCGGUGCCCUACACGUCAGCAGAAUCACACCAGACGAGCGUCUCAGCAAGCUUCUCUCCUCCGCAGUCCAGGAUGACAAAGACGCAGUCGUCGAUGGAAAGCCCACGCCGCAGCCUUUGAGGCAGAAUGGCAGGCCGCUGAAGAUGGAACUCUCCAAGACCGGCGACCUAGACAGCUUCGUGUUCCGAGACGACGAUGGUUUCUCUGCGCCACUCGGCAGUGACCAGGUCGAGAUCGAGGUCAAAGCCGUCGGGCUCGACCCGUACGACAUGGCCAUUGCCGUGGGUCAGAUCUGGGACACACAGCUCGGCGUUGAGUACAGCGGAGUUGUGACUCGCGUUGGCCCCGCCGUGUCCAACGUCGCCAUCGGUGAUAGAGUAGCAGCGUUCGGCAUCGAGCCGAAUUGGUAUAAGACAUACCUCCGCACCAGCAGCGCGGCGGUGCACAAGCUCCCAGAGGGCAUGACCUUUGAAGACGGCACGAACAUCAUGAGGUCAUAUGGUGUGGUGAAGUACGGACUGGUCAACUCUGCGAGACUCGAAAAAGAUGAAGUUAUCUUGAUCCACGAUGCUACCACAGCGCUUGGCAUGGCAGCUGUCAAUGUCGCGCAGCACAUUGGAGCCGAGGUGUACGCUACUGUGGCUGGUGAGGCAGAAAAGAGUAUCCUUGUUGAGAAGUGCGGCGUGCCUCUCGACCAUAUCUUCGGCUUUGCUGGUUUCUCGCAAGCGAUCAAACACGCGACAUCACAGGGUGGAGUCGACGUCGUGCUAAACAGCUCUAUGACUGGAGAAGCACUGAGGCAGUCGUGGCACUGCCUGGUGCCUUUUGGUCGAUUCAUCGAGCUCGGCAUGAAGGACAUGAGAUCGAAUACUGGUCUGGACAUGGUUCCCUUUGCUUCCAACACCACGUUCACCGGCGUGAACAUGAAGUGCAUGCUAUACUCUAACCCCAGGCUGUUCACUCGCAUUUUCGCAGACACGAUGCAGUACCUCGAGAAGGGUAUCAUCAAGGCCACACCGCUGCAUGUGCUGAAGCUGUCCGAGGUGGCUGAGGGUUUCAGGACCCUGCAGUCUAGGUCUAAACUCGGAGGAGGCCGCGUGGUUUUGAAGAUCGAUGAGAGUGACAUUGUUCCUGUCAUCGGUGAGAGGCUGACACAACCACUGGAGCUCCGCCCUGAUGCAACCUAUUUUGUCCCUGGAGGUCUCGGCGGUCUAGGCCGACCUCUUCUGCGCUGGAUGGCAGAGAAGGGCGCCCGUUACUUUGUGACAACGUCCCGCUCCGGCAGUAAGGAUGCCAAAGCGCAGGCGUUGGUCCAGGAGCUCUCGGAACAAGGAGUGAGCAUCAAGGUCUUUGCGAGCGACAUCAGUGACGGAACCGCACUGGAAGCUGUGUUGUCGCUUGUCUCUACUUCUGGCUUCCCACCGAUCAGGGGCACUGUCGUCUGCUCGAUGAGCGUGCAAGAUACAAUGUUCGAGACCAUGACCCACUCUGACUUUGUUGCCGCCACGCAACCCAAGUACAACGUCACCCUCAACCUGCACAGACAGCUCUCCAAGGAGCUUGACUUCUUCAUCUGCUUGUCCUCCGCGGCUGGGCAGAUUGGCUCCAUCGCGCAGGGCAACUACAACGCGGGCAACAACUACCAAGAUGCGCUGUGUGCUCAUCGAAGAUCUCUGGGCCUGGCAGGAACCAGCAUCAACCUCGGCUGGAUGGGCGAGAUUGGUUUCGUGGCCGAGUCCGACCGCGCCAAGGUGCCGCAAGUCGUGCGGGAUGGAGUGAGGGACCUGAAAGCGAGCCAGUUCUUCGCCAUCAUGGAGGCGGCCAUGAGCAACGACGAAGCUGUGUCCAGGGGUCAGCCUGUGCUCGGUCUCGCCACUGGAGGCCUGAUCAAGCACGCAGGCCGGGACGAGCCUUACUGGUUUAGAGAUGCGAGAUUCUCCGCCAUGCGUGUCUACGAUACACAUCAGUCCAAGAGCGAGAACACAACACAGAUUGCAAACGGCGCGGAUAUAAAGUCGACGCUGGCUUCGGCAAAGACUUUUGAAGAGGCGAAAGGGAUUGUUCUGUCGGGCCUCAUGGCCAAGCUGGCCAAGGGGCUGAUGAUGGAGAUUGACGACAUGGACGCCAGCAGACCCAUAAAUAUGUAUGGCGUUGAUAGUCUGGUUGCGGUCGACAUUAGAGCGUGGGCGUUGAAGGAGGUCCAAAGCGUCAUACAUGUGAGCGAAAUACUUAAGAGCAUGCCCAUGGCGGAUUUGGCGGGCAAGAUGGCGGAAGCAUCGAAAUUGGUGGUACACUGA